AAAGAGUAAUGGCGUAGAUUUCUUAACGUUUUUGUGAUUUUCGAAGAAUUUUCUCUCCUAUCGAAUAAAAAUGGCUAGAAACAGUGAAAAAGCUAUGACAACUCUUGCCCGAUGGCGGGCAGCUCAAUUAGGUGAAGUUCAACAGACGGAAAGAAGACCUUUCAUAGCUUCUGACUGUACAGAUCUUCACAAAGCUGAAAAAUGGAGGAGACAAAUUCUUGGUGAAAUUUCCAGAAAAGUUGCCCAAAUUCAAAACGCUGGGUUGGGGGAGUUCAAACUACGUGAUCUUAAUGAUGAAAUCAAUAAACUUUUAAGAGAAAAGGGCCAUUGGGAGGACCAAAUAAAGGAGCUUAAUGGCCCUGAUUACAGAAGAAUUGGUCCUAAAAUGUUAGAUCAUGAAGGCAAGGAAGUUCCGGGAAAUAGGGGAUAUAAAUAUUUUGGGGCUGCCAAAGAUUUGCCAGGAGUUAGAGAAUUAUUUGAUCAAGAACCCCCUCCACCUCCUCGAAAGACCCGUGCAGAACUCAUGAAAGAUAUAAAUGCUGAUUAUUAUGGAUACAGAGAUGAGGAUGAUGGUAGAAUUCUACCUAUUGAACAACAGUUAGAGAAAGAAGUCAUAGCCGUGAAAAUAAAAGAAUGGAAAGAAAGACAAGAAAAAAUUGAAAGUGGUGAAAUCAAACUGGAUGAAGCUGACAAAGCUGUAUCUAUGGAAGUAGAUGAACCCAAUUACAAUAUUGAAGAGGAUGAUCCUGAUGUGAUAGUAGGUUCUCUUGUAAAAGUGAUGGAGGCUGACAAACAACAAUUUAUUGCUCAUGUGCCUGUUCCUUCUCAAAAAGAAAUCGAAGAGGCAUUAUUAAUGCGUAAGAAAAUGGAACUUUUAAAAAAAUAUACCAGUGACAGUUUACAAGAAGAGGUGGAAGAAUCUAAAAAUAUGUUGGGAAUGUGAUAUGUUGAACAACAGUUCAAACUGAUUAUGAUGCAAAAAUUUCCACUGAUUUAGCAUGUGUUAUAGUGGUUCAAGCUGUCAGCGUAUGUUAGAACAUGUAUUGAAUAAUUCCACUGUUAGCACAUACCUUUGACAGAUACUUUCAAAAAGUUUAUACCGGUAUAAGUGUUUACAAACAAUUUGUUAAACAUAAAGCGAUAAGUUUGUAUCAUGCAUAUUAAUAAUAUGGCUUACAGUGGUUUCCCAUAGUGGUUUCCGCCCCUAUAUAUAUGUAAGCUUAGGUAUGUAAAGAAGGAGAAUUGGAUUUAAUUACAUAUUUUAUUUCAUUUUAGAUUUAAACAUUAAUAUACUAUAUUAUUCAAAUAUAUACCUAGAUCACUUGUGAGUGCACAUGAAUGGUAUAGAAAUCUGUAUAAGUUAUACUUUCCCUAGUUCAAAUUAUUUUUUUUCUAUAUUUUUUAAUUAUUACUUAUGUAUUGUAUAGACAAUUGGAUGAAAAAGUUAUUUUUUUUUUAAGGAAAUCAUUAUUGAAUUGAUCUUACGUUCAAUUUCAACUGGAUAUUAACUUGUGGAUUAUUAAUAGAGGUGGAACCACUAGGAUUAAAAAGUGGUGGAAACCACUGGGGAGAAACCACUACAUGCAAAUAAGGCAUAUCAUAGACAACACUCAUUCAUUGAAAGAAUUUACAAGUCAUUUGUGAUGCAAUAUAUUGUAAUAAAGACUUGCAAUAUC